CAUUGCAGCCCCAACUUGAAAACGGGACUUUAACGGUCAGUCGUCCAUCAAGAGUUAACUUGGGUGGGGACGGAAUUGCAAAUGACUGACCCAAAUGGACGAGGAAUCUGUGUCGUCGGAUGUGGAAAACGGUGAAGAAAAUCAAGACGAGGACGAAGAAGCAAUCGAGGUUCGCCCCUUGGAUCAAGACAUUAUAAUUCCAGGACUGUCUUUACUGUGCCGAACAGGAAAUGGCUUGAGACAUGCAUUCAUUAAAGUCGUCCUAAAGGACAAAAGAUUAAGUGACAUGGCUGCGAUCAGCAAUUACGUUCACCUUCGGUUCAUGGACGUGUCCAACAACCGCAUUUCUGACCUUUCACCUCUGUCAUCCCUCACUCAGCUUCUUUGGCUCAAGAUUGACAAGAAUUAUGUUACAUGCUUCCAAGGACAAACCUUUUCUCAGCUGGCCUACCUGCAAUGGCUGAGUAUGGCAGCAAACCGGCUCACUGAGGUGGAAGGUCUUGUUGGACCAGCUUUGGAGAGUCUCAAUCUUUCAGGGAACCGUAUACAGAGAUUGAAUGGUCUUGAGAGUUGCCUUUUUUCCAAACUGGCUACAUUGGAGCUGAGAGGAAACAACUUGACUACAACUAAUGGCAUUAACCUUCCUAAUCUGCAGCGAUUAUAUCUGGCCCAAAAUCUUAUUACAAGUCUUGAGGGCAUGGAGAAGUUAGAGAGUCUCACCACUCUCCACCUCCGUAAUAACAAACUUGCAAAUCUAGAUGGACUCAGCGCCAACAUGAAAUGUCUCCAGUACCUCAAUAUCCGAAGCAAUGACUUCCUUGACGAGACCUGUCUUCUGGCUCUUGGCCAUGUGUCCAAAACCCUGCGAGUCGUGGUCCUCUCUGAGAAUCCACUGGACGGGACCACAGAUUACCGGCCAUAUGUCCUGACUCUCAUUCCAAAACUGGAGCGCCUUGAUAAAGAGCCCGUUUCUCUGGAAGAGAGGGCUGAGGUGUGGAAGACAAUUAAGGAACUCAAAGAGGAAACAGCCUAAGUCAAAUAUUUGCAAUAGUUGCUCCACUUGCUGGAAAAGACUGGUUUGGAUGGAUGCCUCUUUAGAAACUUGAAAAUGGUCAUAGCUUGGAUACAUUGUUGUCUAAUGCACUAUAUUAUUGUUGUUUUUACUUAAUUACAUCUAUUCCAAUAAUCGCAAAUACUUAAAAUCAUAUCUGACAGGGUUUCAUCUUCGCAGUCACUUCUUUAUUUCUCUGUGUAAUGAUGACCAAGUGAUUUUGCGACCAUUUCCCUGUUGACAACAAAGCAAUUGCACUUUUAAAGUAUCGCUACAGUAGUGUGGCGGUGAGUCGCAAUACACACAGGCAGACAUAUUAAGUGCUACAGGUUCCCAUUGAAAAUGUGAGUGUUGCUAUUCCAUUUUCAUACCUCAUCAUUGAGUUGUUGCUAGAGAGUGAAAAUUAACUUGUCUUCCAAUAAAGAAAGUGAGUGCA